AUCCUGUCUGGGUUUCUUAAGAACUUCUAGGAUUGCUCCCAGGGAAAGUCACACCCUGGUCACUUUUAGGCCAUUGCCUUUUCUCAAAGGAGCCUCUGUCUCAUAACAAGGUGGUGUGAUGCGUACAACUUGUCCUGCUUCCUUAAACCCCAAGGUGCUGGGGUGAUAAGCAAACAGACAACGCCACUAAAAGCAGAUUGCAUGAUGCAGUUCAUCCCUGAGAGGGGACAGGCUGCCUGGGGGUUUAAUGAUUUCUGCUGGGCCUCUCAAUUAGGGGACAGCUAAAGCCCAAGGCCUCUUCUAAGAGGGGUUAGAAUUUCAUCAGAAAGCAAGUCUGGUCACAUGAGAAUUUCUGGCACUGUGUGCAUGGCAGGCUGGACACCAGCCUGCCAGAAUUGAGCGAGCAGAUCGUAUUGGCUUCAGCGGAGGGGAAAAGUCCGAGACUGGCCUGGGAGAAGGAGCCAACUCACUCCACCGGCUGCGGACAGGAACAGCACCACUGCUGCAGCAGGACCAGGGCUGUACUGUCCAAUGCCCCCUUUUUUGAACCCUAAUCAAAGCAAGUGGUGCCCAGGACUGAAGACCAAAAGAUGCCUAAGGAAUGCAAUGCUUUCCACGCCCUCUCAGCAGCUCUGUGCUGCUUCUAUCACCGCAAAUCUCUCCUUGGAGUCAAGUUCUCCAAGGAGAGACACAUCAUGGACAGGACCCCCGAGCGGCUAAAGAAGGAACUGGAGGAGGAGCUGCUGCUGAGCAGUGAGGACCUGCGGAGCCACGCCUGGUACCAUGGCCGCAUCCCCCGACAGGUGUCUGAAAACCUUGUGCAACGGGAUGGUGACUUUCUGGUUCGCGACUCUCUGUCCAGCCCCGGAAACUUUGUCCUGACCUGUCAGUGGAAGAACCUGGCUCAGCACUUCAAGAUCCACCGGACGGUUCUGCGGCUCAGCGAGGCCUACAGCCGCGUGCAGUACCAGUUUGAGAUGGAGAGCUUCGACUCCAUCCCCGGCCUGGUGCGCUGCUAUGUGGGCAACCGGCGGCCCGUCUCCCAGCAGAGCGGUGCCAUCAUCUUCCAGCCCAUCAACAGGACGGUGCCUCUUCGGUGUCUGGAGGAGCGCUAUGGCACGUCCCCAGGCCGGACCCAGGAGGGCAGCCUCACCGAGGGAAGGCAGGACGUGGCCAAGAGGCUGAGCCUCACCAUGGGUGGCGUCCAGGCCCGGGAGCAGAGCUUGCCCAGGGGGAACCUCCUCAGGAAUAAAGAGAAGAGCGGCAGCCAGCCAGCCUGCUUGGAUGACAUGCAGGACAGGAGGGCCUUAGCCCUCAAAGCCCACCAGUCGGAAAGUCACCUUCCAAUCGGCUGUAAGCUGCCUCCCCAGUCCCCAGGCAUGGACAAAAGCCCCUGUCCGAACUCACCUGUGUUCAGGACAGGCAGCGAACCCACCCUGAGCCCAGCAUUGGUUCGGAGGGUCUCCUCAGAUGCUAGAACAGGGGAGGCACUGCGGGGGUCUGACAGCCAGCUGUGCCCCAAGCCGCCCCCCAAGCCCUGCAAGGUGCCCUUCCUCAGAGCUCCCCCAUCCCCAGCUGCCUGGCUCAACUCGGAGGCCAACUACUGUGAACUGAACCCAGCCUCUGCUGCAGGCUGUGACAGAGGAGCAAAGCUGCCCUUACGUGCCCAAGGCAGCCAUGUAGAACUGCUAACAGCCAAGCAGAAUGGGGUGUCUGGUCCCCGGAACUCUGGAACCAACUACUUGAUCCUUGAUGGGGACGAUGGGGCCAGACCUUGGGAACUGCCAGCAGCACAGAUGGGUGAUGGACAGGAGGACAAGGACAAGUUUGUAAUACCUCUCCUGGAGACUGUCUCUUCCUUCAGGCCCAAUGACUUUGUGUCAAAGCUCCUUCCUCCAGAGAACAAGCCCCUGGAAACAGCAAUGUUGAAACGUGCAAAAGAACUGUUCACUAACAACGACCCCAAGGUCAUCGCCCAGCACUUGUUGAGCAUGGACUGCAAGGUUGCUAGGAUACUUGAAGUCUCUGAAGAGAUGAAGAGGAACAUGGGUGUGAGCUCAGGGCUGGAGCUCAUUACCUUGCCUCACGGACACCAGCUUCGCCUGGACAUAAUUGAAAGACACAACACGAUGGCCAUCGGCAUUGCAGUGGACAUUCUGGGCUGCACAGGCACUUUGGAGGACCGCACAGCCACUCUCAACAGGAUCAUCCAGGUGGCAGUGGAACUGAAAGAUGCCAUGGGAGACCUCUAUUCUUUCUCAGCCAUCAUGAAAGCCCUGGAAAUGCCACAGAUCACAAGGUUAGAAAAAACAUGGACUGCCCUGAGGCACCAGUACACCCAAACCGCCAUCCUCUACGAGAAGCAGCUGAAGCCCUUCAGCAAGAUCCUGCACGAGGGCAGAGAAUCCACGUGUGUCCCCCCCAACAAUGUGUCAGUCCCACUGCUGAUGCCCCUUGUGACUUUAAUGGAGCGCCAGGCUGUCACUUUUGAAGGAACUGACAUGUGGGAGAAAAAUGACCAAAGCUGUGAAAUUAUGCUAAAUCACUUGGCAACAGCACGCUUCAUGGCCAAGACUGUGGACAGCUACCGGAUGAAUGCGGAGAGGAUCCUGGCAGAUUUUCAACCAGAUGAAGAAAUGACUGAAAUCUUGAAGACUGAAUUUCAAAUGCGAUUGCUGUGGGGCAGUAAAGGUGCAGAAGUCAAUCAGACAGAGAGAUAUGAGAAAUUCAACCAGAUUUUAAUAGCCCUCUCACGUAAACUGGAACCACCUCAUGUAAAGCAGGCAGAGCUCUGAAAACUCUCCAGAGAGCCUUUAGGGUAUUAUUUCAAACUUCUCAUCUGAUGAUGUGCAAAUCUCAAACACACGCCUUUAGUAUCCACAGGAUAUUAAAUGUAUAAAUUGCACAGAGCACACUUAUUUAUGAGUUGUUUAAAAUUACUACUGAUUUUUAAAUGAAUGAUAAUUUAUUAUUAAGGUAACUAUUGCUAACAUUGAUCAACAAAUUUAAGAGAAGACUUAGCUAUGUUGGCUGGUUGAUUUCUAUUAUCACAGCAUUUGACCAUUUUAGUUUGAAUUCCAUGUCACAUAAGUGUAAAUAGAAGUGUUUAAAAGAAAAGCCUGAAACAUUUCAGAGGUAUCAGUUGUAUGAUAUUCUUCAACUAAAUGUGAAAAAUGUAAAUAGUCAUGAAUGAAAAUAUAUCUUUUUUGUGAAA